AAGUCUGUAGCCAUGCAAGAGAUUAACCUCAAUUCGUUGAAGGACAAGGCGCUCGAUGUGGAUCCGGAUCUCCGGUUCAUGGCUCUUGAAGACUUUCGCAAGUACCUCACAUCGUCAUCGAGCUCUGGUUCAAGUUCUGGAAAUCAUAGAGCCUUGGAAGGAUUUCUUCCAAUUUUGUUUCGCUUACUUCUGGAUCACAAUUCUGAUGUACAGAGUCAGGCUGUCAAGUCAUUCGAGCCUAUGAUAGGCUAUUUGACCAACGAUGCCAUGCUUUCUGUAGUAGGUCAAUUAUAUAAAUUAGUGUUGGAAGAAAACACCAAGGCCAAAGGUUCUGGAUCCAAGCCCAAUUUCAAGUCGUUUACAACUUCCAUUCCUAACAUGGCACUUAGACUGAUGUUGAGUACUGGUAACACCAGUAGCCGAAACGGCACUCCAUCUCAAACUGCUGCAGUUCAUCCGUUUGAUGUCAAGCUUUCACGGUCUAUUGUGGAUUUGCUUUUGCCGCAGAUAACGAAGAAUUCCAUCAAUAUCGACGCCAUUGAGCUUUUGUUUGACGUAAUCAAGAACUUGGGCUUUGCCUUAUCUAAGAAAGAUAUCAAAUUGUUGCUGGUCUUCCUUAUCGAUUUGUCAUUCCAAGAAACAGGUAUCAUCAGCAAGCGUGCAAUAGCUGCAUACGAUGCCUUGACCACGUAUAUUGUGGAUGAAAGUCUAAUUAAUGAAAAUGUAGUCCAUAUGCAACAGUCGUUUAAUGAGACAGCAGACAUCGUCCGAUUCCAGUUGUAUUCGGUUGUGUUCCGCAACGGUUUUGUGCUCGAUCCAUCAUUGGUGCAGACGACAUAUUCAGAUGCUAUCAGAUUGUUGAAGCUCAACGAGUUGAACGUAGAUACUGACGAGUUUGACUUCGACUCGUUGGUGAAACUUAAUCUCGCGAGAGACGAAGCUCUCAAUGUUAUCAACGACUUGAUCUCGUCUAGAUGUAGCAUUGUAAACUAUGAAACCAACAUUCUCGAUAUUGUUGCCAAGUUCAUCCAGUUUAACCCCUUUGAUGACAAGGAUAACGACAUGGACAUGGACUAUGAGGAAGACGACAUUGAAUUCAGUGAUGAUGAGAAUGAACUAGGAGACGACGACGAAAAUGAUGGCUCGUGGAAAUUACGUAGUAAGGCAUGUCAGUUGCUCCAGUCUUUAUUAAGAAGAAGUCCUCAUAGUUUGGAAGUCAUCUACCGUGAUUUAUUCUCGUUGCUUCCGUUGUUAGACUCGAGUGAAUUGGUCUCUCACGAGGCAAUCAGAACUGCAAAGCUUGUUGUGGAAUUGACAGUUUCACCGCGAAAUGAACUUCAACCACUCGUUACUACAAUCACUCAAAAGUUACUUGUCAAGGAGAAGUUGGGCCAAUUUCCUAUCAUUUUGCAAUUGAUAGAAAGCUUGAACAAAUUCGAACAAACUCACUUGAUACAGACCGUGUUUGCAAAAUUUGAAGAGCUCGAUCUUGAUACGUCUGGUUCCUUGGACUACUUAAUUCUCUACAGGAAUGUCAUAGACAAUUCCGAUGAUUCUGGUCUUCCCCUGUUGGUGGUGUCAUACAUUGCUGGUGACUUACUUAAAUCUUUGAACGACAAGUCUUUUAGCAUUAUUAUUGAAAGUCUCAAGAUUUUCAGCUCACUUUUGCAGAAAUUUGGAAAUACAGUGUACCCAGAACAGGUUCGAGACUUGACUGAUAACUUGUUGGGUAAGGUUCAAGACUACAAGCUGUACUCCAGUGAGCUAAUCUUGGCAUGUAUCAACUGUUUGGGAGCAAUCAUCAAGGAUAACCUAACAGACGGAGCAGCACCAAUUAUUGACACACUCUGGAAUUGUGUGACACAUGAGAGUACUGUCAAGCCAACGUUGGAAGUCUUGUAUGAGUUUUACGGAUUGGAUACUACAACUACUGCUACUGGUGAGCUUGAAGAGUAUGUUGUAUCUAAAUUGAACGGGUUGAUUAUUUCUCCUGAUGAUUCCAUAAGCUACUUGUCGUUGACUUUGUUAAAGUCUUUGAUUAGGAGAAUUUCGUUCACGGAAACUGCCCUCGACAAAACCACUCUGGCUGUAGUCAAGUCUAUUUCCAAAGGCAACAAGGGAAACUUGCCCUUGUCUUUUGAAAUAUUAGCAUAUUUGACGGAAACAACAGGAGCUUUACAGAAUAAAUUUGAUGAAUUCAUUGAUAUAUCUGUUGGUGCCAUCAAUGGCAAGUUGAUUGAUGUUAACAACGAGCCUUUUUUCCGUCUCUUUGAGUUGAUAGUUGCCAACAAUGCUGAUUUGUUUUCCAGGCUACCAUCCAUUUUGGAUUUGAGUCUAGAAACAAGUGCCAGAUCAUUGGCUACUGUUUGUGGCCAGAAUAGGUUGAUUUCUGAAAUCCAGGAACAAGAGAAUAAAUUGAACAUUUGCUUGAGUUCUAAGAUUGCUGCUGAGGAGCUUCCCAAUCUAGUAUUCAUUGUGCAAUUCUUGGGACACUGCGCAGAGUACGUGCCACUAUUCGACGUACUUGACAAACUCUUUACUAUCUUGGAAAGAGGAAGCAAUAACUUGGAAAAUGAGAAGCGGAUCAACUCGGAGGCAGCAGCAGUUUCUAUUGGUUUACUAGUCAGGACUGAUUUGUCAAAUAGGCUUCUGAAGUUGAUGUUAAAAUAUGCAUCCAAGGAAUUGAAUAAUUACUACUUGGUUUCGUCACUUAAGGUAGUAGUUCCAAAGUGUAAUAUUGUUCAAUUAAAGUCUAUCUGGGAAUAUUUGUGGAUCAAUGUUAAUGAGACAGAAUUUGAUCAUUCCUUAUGUUCUGAGUUUAGAAAUACAGGUGAUCUCAUAAGUGAAUUGGUUCUUAGAGACAAAAGCCAACUCGAGUACUUGUAUGGAAUUCUUUCCAACAAGCCUUCAUUGUCAUCGAUCUACACUGCUAUUGUUUCGGUCAAACAUUUGAUCAGCAAACUUGAUGACACACGCGAAAGUUUGCAAGAAUUGGAGAAGUUGAUCCUUAUCACAUUGCCAUCUAUCGACAUUGUCAACAUUGAUAUUAAGCAGUUGAUUAUUGGCAAUUUGCUUACAGCCUUGCACAACAAGCCGCAGAUCAUUUUGCCCCAUUUGAACAAUGAUAUCCUUCCAGGAAUCUACAGACAGUUAAAGGCGGAAGUAGAGUUCAAAAAGAUUAUCCCCAUGGGCCCUUACAAGUAUGUGCUAGAUGAGGGGUUGGAAAUCAGAAAGUUAAGUUAUGAAUUCAUAUACACUUUAAUUUCGUUGGACGCACAAACCAUCAAUGAGUACAACGUCGACAUUGCUGAGACUGCCAAGAAUAUCAUAGAGCAAGGACUUGUAGAUGAUCAAAUUGACAUCAUUGUCUUAUCAAGUAUCAACUUGAUUAAUUUCAUCAACAACCAUGAGUCGAUAUUUGAAUGUCUUCUUAUUAAAGACAAUGGAGCCUUUCUUUCUGUUAUUGCUGCCAACUUAAAAUUGCAACUAGGAAAAAAGUUGGGUGCGAAGGCAUCUGCUCAAGAUACUGAGAAUUACCAGGAACGUAUUAAAUCCAUCAUAAAGCUCAUCAAGAGAAUCAGCAUCUUGGUAGAAUCGGUGCAGCUAGAAAAGGUUGGUGACUCUGAUCCAGUUGAAUUAUGGGCAGAAUUCCACAGGGAAGUAAAGCUUAACUUCGUAUUGUUCUACAACAGUACUGAGAGUAAGUAAGUAUUUAUAUAUAUACAAAAUGAAAUAAGAUGAAAAGAAGUACGAAUUUA